AUGAUCAUUCGCCCCCACACCUUGAAACUGAAAGCUCACUGGAGGAACCACCCCGUGUCAUCCAACCCGUUGUGGAACGCCACUUUCCGCGUCGGCGAGGCCGACCUGGAGCACAUGGCGUUGGAAGCCGGCGACUUGCCCGAGUCUCUGCACGGCUACCAACUGGCCAGGUCCGGCCCGCUGGACAAUCAGGAGAUGGCCGAAAACGGCUUCAAUGGCAGCACGGCCGACCGUUUUCGCUCCGCCGGACGCAUCGGCGGGUUUAUGCGGGAGUUCGUCCCCACCGCGGAUGUGUCUCCGGCCAGCGGCACCGACUUUGUCGGCGCUACGGUGGUCCACCUGUUUGAGAACCCUGACCAGGUAUCGGGUUGGAUGUCCGAUAUCUUUGUGAAGGAUUUUGAGGACAACGUGGGCGAGAGCGUCGGCUCUGGACAGCAGAUCGUGUCGGUGCAAAAAGUCGAAACGGACGGGUUCUACGACGAGUCCGUGGGGUUGUACGUUCUGCAGGGCGGCCCGGCGGGUCUGCUGUCAUCCACGGUAAUCGACUUCCGAGUGGGUCGGCUGCUGGGUGUGGCUUUCGUGGGCUCCAUUGGCGAGCACGACCGGACGCAACUGGCCACCGACAUGGCCUUGGCCCUGGAAAAGCGCAUGGUCCAGAUCGCGCUCGGUAUCUGA